UUGAGGGUUUGCUACGAUUUAAAAAGUAGAAAGGACGGUACGGCUCCGCUUCUCACACGAUUCUCUCUUCCCGUUACCGCGCCGCUAUGGGAGCUGCGACCGUGGACGCCACCAUGGAGGCGAAGGUGAGGAAGAGGGGGAAGAGGAAGAAGAAAGCCUCCUCCGCCGCCGCCGCCACCCAAGCCGACGCCACCACCCUCGACAAUGGCGCCGUAGUCGUUGGAGAAGAAGAGGAGCGCCACGAAGAUGGGGAGAAGGAGAACAACGGCCGAGGCGACGCCGAAGGCGAGGAAGAAGAGGGAGGAGACGAAGAGGGAGCCCCCGAGGCGAAGAAGCCGAAGGUGGAGGAGGAGGUGGAGAAGAAGAGGAAGAAAGGUGGCUUGGGGAUUAUGACCUCUCAACCCUUCUCCGACCUCCCCAUCUCCGAGCUCACCAUGAAGGCGAUCAACGAGAUGGGGUUUGUUAACAUGACCCAGAUUCAAGCUAGGGCUAUACCCCAUCUGAUGGAGGGGAAAGAUGUCAUGGGGGCUGCGAGAACUGGUUCGGGGAAGACUCUGGCUUUCUUGAUACCAGCUGUGGAGUUGCUGUAUCAUGCUCAUUUCACUUCUAGGAAUGGAGCUGGAGUAAUUAUCGUUUGUCCAACGAGAGAGCUCGCUAUUCAGACUCAUGCUGUCGCAAAGGAUCUUUUGAAGUAUCACUCGCAAACUCUUGGAUUAGUUAUGGGUGGUAAUAAUCGGCGAGGUGAAGCAGAGCAUCUUGCAAAGGGAGUUAAUAUAUUAGUAGCUACACCUGGAAGACUUUUGGACCAUCUUCAGAAUACAAAGGGUUUUAUAUAUAGAAGAUUACAGUGCCUUAUUAUUGAUGAAGCAGAUCGAAUAUUAGAAGAGAACUUUGAGGAAGAUAUGAAGCAAAUAUUUAAGCGCCUUCCAGAGGAUAGGCAAACAGUUCUUUUUUCUGCCACCCAGACUAAGCAGGUUGAAGAUUUUGCUCGGUUGUCCUUCAAGAAUAGGGAAGGAAAAGAUAAACCAGUAUCUAUUGGAGUUGAUGAUGGGAGAUCAAAGGUGACUGUUGAAGGGUUGCAGCAAGGCUAUUGUGUCAUCCCAAGCAACAAGAGGUUCUUGGUUUUGCAUGCAUUCCUAAAGAGGAAUCUCUCUAAAAAGAUCAUGGUCUUCUUUUCGUCCUGUAACUCCGUGAAGUUCCACGCAGAACUUUUGAGAUACAUUCAAGUUGAUUGUCUAGACAUACAUGGGAAGCAAAAGCAGCAGAAACGGACCACAACCUUUUUUGACUUCUGCAAGGCUGAGAAAGGAAUCUUGUUAUGUACUGAUGUUGCAGCUCGUGGACUUGAUAUUCCUGCAGUGGACUGGAUUGUGCAGUAUGACCCCCCUGAUGAACCAAAGGAGUACAUCCAUAGAGUGGGCCGAACAGCUCGUGGGGAAGGUGGAAAAGGACAUGCCUUGUUGUUUUUGUUGCCAGAGGAAUUAAAGUUUCUUAGUUAUUUGAAGGAAGCUAAAGUUCCUCUGAAAGAAUACGAGUUCAACGAGAAGAAGGUGCCAAAUUUGCAGCCACACCUGGAAAAGAUUAUAGGAGAGAACUACUAUCUGAAUCAGUCGGCUAAAGAUGCAUAUAGAUCCUACAUUCUUGCAUACAACUCGCACUCAAUGAAGCAGAUCUUCAACGUGCACCACCUAAAUCUCAAGGAUGUUGCAGCAUCCUUCUGUUUUAGUAAUCCUCCGAAGGUAAAUCUAGAUUUGGAGAGCAGCGCGUCCAAAUUUAGAAAGAAGAUGCGGAAAGUCGAGGGACGUCGGCAUGGAAUAAGUGCCUCCAAUCCCUAUGGAAGACAGGGUGGUGAUGACAAGAGGCAGUUUACAAGAUUUUAAUCAAAUAUACUUCAUUUGAGAUGAUUCAAUUCACUUCAUCAUUAGUGCAAGGCAACUUAUGCGCUAUGUCCGCUUCGGAGUAAAUGAUUGGUUCCAGUAUAUUUAAAGCAUUGUACCAUCCUCUUCAACAAAGUAGGCUAGAACACUUCAUGCUGUUUAUAUGGUGAGAUAAAGACUUCAGAGAAAGGUCAUCAAAGAGACAUGUUAGUUGGAAGACAGCUGAACGUGUUAUACGCGGCAGAAUUUUGUAGCUCUACUACCUACCAUAUAUUUUGCUAUUGUUAGUUGAGAAAAGAAAAGGUUGUUUCUUUUUGAGCUUAUUUACUUUGUUAUGCGUGAUAGUGGGAAGUUAAGGUAUUACUCUGUAUUUUCAAACUUUGUCGUGUGUUAUCAUGCUGUUACUAAAAGGAUAUAGCAGUUUGACAAUUUAUACAUUGUAGCUCGGAUUCGACUGAUCUAUUCUUGAGUGAGAUGCAUCAAUAGCUAUGGAUGUUCAACAAUCUUCUUUUUUU